GAGCGCUCCCGUCGUCACAACGCGUUUGGCCGUGUGCAGGACGAGGAGGACGCAGCCGGGGCGCGCUCGAUAUCGUAUUAUUAUUAUUAUUAUAUCGCAUUUGUAUAUACGUACGACGAUUUUUCACACACGCGCGCGCGCCACAAAGCGUUUAUAUAGAUCCUUUGCGCGACCGGUCGCACCCUCAGUCGUCCCUUGUACGCGGCUUGGCGUGUAGCAGCGAACAUAGGUACCCACACAGCCGAUCUUUGGUAUUUUUGAGAGACUGCGAGAGAGAGAGAGUGACGAUAUCUGUCUGAUCGACGACAUUCCGCUGUAGCAGACCGAUAACAUUGUACGUGGUCACACCGUACAUCAACUUACUGUGAGUCGAGUAGAUUAUGACCGAAAAGCAAAUGGUGAAAGACGCGGAAAAACAGGCUCCCACGCCUCAAAACCAGAGCCUUAACGGAAGACUGUUGUUCGCCAUCAUAGCUUCGGCUUUCGGUUCGGCAUUCCAACAUGGAUACAACACUGGCGUGGUGAACGCUCCACAAGCGCUGAUCGAAAAAUGGAUUAGCGGUGUGAUAUCCGAGAGGAACGACGGAAAGCCAACGGAUCAAACCCAAGUGACAUUGAUAUGGGCCAUUGCGGUGUCGAUAUUCUGUGUCGGCGGUAUGGUCGGUGGUUUGAGUACUGGCUUCGUGGCCGAGAAGUUUGGUCGCAAAGGCGGUUUGCUAGUGUCCAACGCACUGGUCAUCCUGUCGGCUGCACUCCAAGGCGUUUCAAAGAUGUACUCAUCAUACGAACUUAUCAUCAUCGGACGGUUUAUCAUCGGUAUCAACUCCGGACUUAACGCUGGACUGACCCCAAUGUACCUGGCCGAGAUCUCUCCCAUGAAUUUACGUGGAUCCGUCGGAACUGUUUACCAACUCGUCGUUACAAUUUCGAUUUUGAUUUCCCAAAUAUUGGGUUUGGACUACAUUUUGGGUACUGCUGAGCUUUGGCCCAUACUAUUGGCCUUAAUCAUCGCGCCAGCCAUAUUCAUGUUCGUCACAUUGCCCUUCUGCCCGGAGUCACCAAAGUACACGCUGAUCAACAAGAAGAAGGACAUCGAAGCCGAGAGAGGACUGCAGUGGCUGAGAGGAACGAUCGAAGUGCACGACGAGAUGGAUGAAAUGAGAGCCGAAAAUGAAGCGAUGAAGGUCAUCCCACGUGUAACUCUCCGUGAGAUGUUGUCGAACCCGAUGUUGAAAACUCCACUCGGAAUAUCUGUGAUGAUCAUGUUGUGCCAACAAUUGUCCGGUAUCAACGCCGUCAUGUUCUUCUCCACGAAAAUCUUCAAUAUGGCUGGCAUGAGCAAUGACGGAGCCAAGUACGCCACACUCGGCAUGGGUUCACUCAACGUGUUAAUGACGCUGAUCUCUCUGUUUUUGGUUGAACUCACCGGUCGCAAGACUCUGUUAAUGAUUGGAUUCUCUUCCAUGUUCGUCGUCACCGUUAUGCUAACCAUCGCCCUGAUGUUUGUGAAUGCCAGUUCCAUUGUGUCCGGUUUGGCCGUGAUACUCGUCAUGGCCUUCGUCAUCGCGUUCGCCGUCGGCCCAGGAUCCAUCCCGUGGUUCUUGGUGUCCGAACUGUUCAACUCGUCUGCCCGACCAUUGGCCACCAGCAUAGCCGUCGGAGUCAACUGGACUGCCAAUUUCGUCGUUGGCCUCGGUUUCCUACCUCUGCAGGAAAUGUUGCAAUCAAACGUGUUCCUCAUAUUCGUCGUGUUGCUCGCGCUGUUCGUGUUGUACGUGUACAAAAAAGUUCCAGAAACCAAGAACAAAACUCUGGAAGAGAUUCAAAUGGGUUUCAGACAGGAAUCGUACAAAUAAUCAGGCGCGUCCUGUGUUGCAUAAUAGUAAUAAUAAUAAUACUAUGACACCACCACCGAUAAGAAGAUUCCUCAGCCAGAAGCUAUAUAUAAUACAAAUACAUAUAUUAUAUAUAUAUUAUAAGAGUACCUUUUUCACAACAAUACAAAAAAUAUUUAUUUGGUAGAAAAAAAACUCAAAUCAUUAUACAGUUGUAAUUUAGAUAAAUUGAACCCCUUCCCCCGUCCCGAGAUUAUUAUGUUAAUGAUUGUACAUGUUGCAUAUUGCACUGAAAAAAAAACACUUUGAAAUAAUAUUAUAUUUUAUACCGUGCCGUUAUUUCUGCGCCACCCACAGUUUUAUAGUGGUCAUCAACCUAAUUCGAUCCUCAAAAAAUCUUCCAUUUUAGUAAUCGUCGUCGUUGAUUUUUCAUCAGAUGUUUUUUUUUUGUUCUCUGUUCUCAUCAUCAACAUUUUUGCCAAUAGUUUUAAUACUCGUAAAAUUGUAUUUUAUCACGGGUAAUGAUCAUAUUUUAAUUUAUUUUAUUAUAUUUUUUUUGUGUAUUUUUUAUGAAAUAAAAAUGUAAUUAAUUUUAUCAUUGCAUCAUAAUACUAUUAUCCUACCUUCUAUUAUUGAUCCCUCAAUGAAUAUUAACAAAUCUUAUAACUAUACUACCAUAGUGAAGAUCGAUCAAAAUAUGUAUAACUAUGUACCUAUCUGUUAACUUAUAAUUUUAAAAGAGAAUAAUGUUUGAUUGUAAUUUAAAUAGACUAACUAUUAAUGUGUUA